GGUCCAAAGUGCAGAUUGGACCAGCUAUGAUCCAUGGUCUGUCUACAUGCAAAUGGUCGUGAGUUUUAAGAGUAGACACCCAGUGCCCGUCGCCAAUUGUCGUCUUUAAGUGAUCGCCGUGACAUCGCAAAAAGUCCACAGCACACCUGUGUUAGACGACACAUUACACAGCCAUUGCUAGGGCAGCUUGAGACGAGGUAGUCGUCAGGAUGUUACGGGUCGUGCUAUUGACGUUCUGUGUCGGCGUUGCUGCUGGUUUUUGGGGCACCCCCGACUGGAAUCAUUUGAAAGUGACAUGGGAUGCGGCCGACUGCUACAGCUCCCGAGGCUUCGCCGACAUGCCGCGGACUGAGAAAGAUGCUUGGCGGGAGGGAUGGACGAUGAUCUCCGACUGUGAUGAUACUCCUAAGUUUGCUGGUAAGCGUUAUGUGAAGGACGGCGACACCGCCGUGGUCCUCAUCUACGACGUCAACGGCUACAUCGCGGGGAUACAGGCGGGGUUUCCCCCUCAGCCCAACAACUACCCGUCCCCCACCCUGCAGAACCACCCCUUCGUGGAGGACGACGGCAAACAGUACAUCACUGUUUACUUCACUAAUCCCAGUGGUAUAUGCAGUCGAGGAAGAACUUCCGCCAUGUUCGAGAGCGAGGGCACCGGAAGUGACAUGUACAUCCAGAACGGCACGCGCCCAUCAGACAGCACCAAGGUCCCCAAGCUGGAGAGGAAUAUUGGCUCCACACUGUGGACGAAGGGACACUGCUUCAGAACUAUGGGACAACACUACUGGUACAACCUGCGGAAGGACCAGAGUUGUGAUGAGUUCUUCCCCAUGUUCCUCCUCUACAACGAGGGCAUCCUGGACGGCUUCGGGUGGGCGUUCUUGGCCAACCUCACCACAUCCACAAGAUAUGAACACCCGCGUAUGACAGCGUUCGCGUAUUUCCUGGACCCCGUGCCAGACUGUCUGUACACCCAGACAUCGGGCACAACGACCAUGCAUAUCUACAUGUCGGACCCCAACUACUCCUUCUGCUGAUUGGAUGACAAUGACACGUGACUUGAACCACGUGACUAGUGAUGGUUCAUCUCCUUAGAAUGACAAAUUCCUUCAUUUCGAACAAUUCUUCUUGCUGAUUGGAUGAUAAUAACAAGUGACCUGAAUCACGUGUUGCCAAUGAUUAUACAUCUGUUUUCAUUGGCUAGUGCUCUUUCAUUGGCUAGUGUGGGAGAUGUCUGCCGUGUAUUUCAUUUUGGUCAAAAUCAAUCUAUUCUAUUCUUGUGACUUUUACUGAAAUAAACUGUCGAAAAUGGUA